UCGCUGCAUAACUACAGGACCGGGAUAUAAGAGGCGAUGUUCUCAACUGUUGUUAUUCGUUUUCCAUCCACGAAUCAAGAGCUGACAUAUAUUCCCCGACUACAGGAAGAUACCCAUCAUAAUCAUGUUGAGAUUAGUCGUUCUUGCUGUGUGUCUGGUUGCCGCCAUGUCCCAGGACUGGUACAACGAUGACGAUUACAUUGGAGGAAUCGGAAUCGGACACGGAAUCGGAAUCGGACACGGAAUCGGAAUCGGCCAAGGAAUCGGACAUGGAAUCGGAAUCGGACACGGAAUCGGACAAGGAAUCGGACAUGGAAUCGGCCAAGGAUACGGAUCAUACGGAGGUUCGUCUUACUAUGGCGGACAGGGCGGAUACGGAGGUAUUGGAGGAUACAAAGGGUACGGACGAGGUUACGGAAAGAGGGUGAUAGUGUCCAAGGGUUACGGUGGUUACGGUGGAUACGGAAACGGCGGAUACGGAAAUGGCGGACACGUUAUUGGAGGUGGAUAUGGUAAUAGAUACGGCAGUGGAUACGGUGGAUUCGGCGGUGGAAAGGGUGGAUACAUCGGCGGAGGAUUCGGAAGAGGAAAGAAAUCAGAAAUGUCUCGCUGCAUACCUACAGGACCGGUAUAUAAGAGGCGAUGUUCUCAACUGUUGUUAUUCGUUUCCAUCCACGAAUCAAGUGCUGACAUAUUCCCCGACUACAGGAAGAUACCCAUCAUAAUCAUGUUGAGAUUAGUCGUUCUUGCUGUGUGUCUGGUUGCCGCCAUGGCCCAGAGCUGGUACAACGAUGACGAUUACUUUGGAGGAAUCGGAAUCGGACACGGAAUCGGAAUCGGACACGGAAUCGGACAAGGAAUCGGACAUGGAAUCGGCCAAGGAUACGGAUCAUACGGAGGAUCGUCUUACUACGGCGGACAGGGCGGAUACGGAGGUAUCGGAGGAUACAAAGGGUACGGACGAGGUUACGGAAAGAGGGUGAUAGUGUCCAAGGGUUACGGUGGUUACGGUGGAUACGGAAAUGGCGGAUACGGAAAUGGCGGAUACGUUAUUGGAGGGGGAUAUGGUAAUAGAUACGGCAGUGGAUACGGUGGAUUCGGCGGUGGAAAGGGUGGAUUCAUCGGCGGAGGAUUCGGAAGAGGAAAGAAAUCAGGUUUCGGAGGUUACUAAACCCAAUACGAUCCAUACAAGAGGCUUGGGAUUGACGACUUGAUUUCCGUGUACAUAGAGUGUGUUGUUUUGGCUAAAAAUAUUAAAAUAUCAAUAAAAGCAA